AAAUAUAUAAUUAAAAGCAUAAAUUACACGGAAAUUUCUAUUGGACAUUUUAAAUAGUUUUAUUUUACCCAAUUUAAUAGUUACAUAUACGGUGUAAGCCAGAACUAUAUAAGGGAGAUGCAAUUAACUACUUCUAUUGGAUCUUUAUUGUCACUUUAUUAAUUACUAAAUUAGAUUUUGCACGUUAUAUUAAUAAUGGGCAAGAGAUAUCAUUGUAAUUAUUGCGACAAAUCCAUGGUAGCCACUCCAACCAUCGUGAAAACACAUAACAAAGGAGUUGUUCAUCAGAAAUUAGUACAGGAACACUAUCAACAAUUUAAAGAUCCUGAAACUAUAUUAGCUGAAGAAAGUACUAAGAAACCAUGUCUUAGGUUUGCCAAAGGAGAAUGUCAAUUUGGAGGUAUAUGCAGAUACUCCCAUUAUAGUAAGGAACAAAUUGAAUCAUUGAGAGAAUAUGUUGCUGCGAAGGAGAGAAAUAAAACACAAAUAAACCAGCCCUCUUUUGAAGAUCUAUACCAAAGACUGCAGAAUGAGAGAACAAACCAACCUCAAUCUGAAGAAGGAAACACAAUACUCUAUGAUCAAAAUGGAGUUACACAUGUAUUGCCGUGGACUUAUAAUAAUGUUUUGGACACUUAUGGAGAUAACUUGCCUCCAAGUCUUCAAAGAUUUAGGAUAGAAGACUUUGCUAAUGCUAGUAUUACUGAGUGGGGAUGAAUACAACAGAUAUUAUAUACUCUUUUAAAUUUGGCGCGGGCAUUAUUUAUACAUAUAAUUAGUGCAAAUCACAGAUUCUUACCACUUUUUAUUUUUAUUGAGUUCCCGAUAUUUCGGCAGUAUUUCAACCGCCAUGAUCAUGGGUAGAUAUCGGGAACUCAAUAAAAAUAAAAUGUAAGAUCUCAUGAUUUUUACUAAUUAUAUGUAAAAACAGAUAUUAUUGACCCUUUUUAGUUAAAAACUCA